UUUGCCGCAAUAAUAUGAAAUUGUAUGCAAAAUUACUAUAUACUAUUCUCAAUUAUUUGAAUCUCUUUGUGCGAGUUUCUUCCAUAAGCUGCUCAAAUAGCUUCAAAUUAUAUUCUAAAUCAUUAUCAGUGCGCCAAAAGGGUGUAUAUAUAUUAUGUGUAAAUAAUACGUCUUGUUUUGUAGCCAAUUCUGGUCAUAGUGGAACUGAAAUUCGGGGAUUUGUCUUUAGACAUAAUCCUUCAUCAUACACACCAAAAAUUCGUUCUUUUCCCAAAGUAAAAGUACGAUUCGCGCCCUCGCCAACUGGAGACUUACAUGUAGGAAAUUUACGCACCUUCAUAUAUAAUUAUCUUUUUGCUCUGAAGCAUGAUGGAACUGUGAUAUUGCGCGUGGAUGAUACAGAUAUUUCCAGAGAAAUACCAGGAUCAAUAGAUAGAAUAGUUGGUGAUUUCAAAUGGCUGGGUUUUAAAUGGUCUAAAGGUCCAGGAAGCUCUGCUGCUGAUAACGAUUCUUACUAUCAAUCAAAUAGACAACAUGCAUAUAAAGAGGUGGCUGAACUCUUGUUACAAACAGGGAAAGCGUACCGCUGCUUCUGCAGCAAGGAGGAUGUCGAGCGCCGCAGGAAAAAUAGCGAGGAGGAUAACUCCCAAAUCACUUACGAUAAGACGUGUAGUCAUGUCACAAGUGAGGGUGUAGAGGUUGCUUUAAAAUCGGGUAGGAAAUAUACUGUCCGAUUAAGGUCACCACCUAAUGAGGAAGAUUUCAUUAUCUUAAGAUCAGAUGGUACAGCAACAUACAACUUUGCUUGUGCCGUUGAUGAUCAUGAAUUCGGUAUUACACAUGUCAUCCGUGCGGUGGAUCACCUGGACAACACUUAUAAGCAAAUACAAGUAUUACAAGCUAUUGGUACGGCAAUUCCUGCAUACAAACAUUGUUCGUUGUUGCGAAACUUAGAUCUAAGUAAAAUAUCGAAAAGGGAUAAUGACUGCUUGAAACUAUCUAAGUUACGUACUAUGGGUUUUUCUAAGUUGCCGAUAAUCAAUUAUCUUGCUUUUCUUGGUACCAGAUAUGCCGACGAUCCGAUGUGCUAUGAUCUGAAGACGCUGUCGCAGAAGAUUGAAUUGGAUGACCUAAGCUUUGCGCCCAUAGCUUUUAACAUUGAUAAGUUAAAAUGGCUAAAUAAACGUUAUUUGACGACAAUUGGAUAUAAAGACUUUACGGCACAAUUGAAGGAAUAUAUAGAUAAUGGUUACAGUGGAACUCUAUUAUUCCCCAAGGAUGACUUUAUGGGCAUAGUGGAGACGUCUCCUCAUUUUCUGAAAAACGGUGUUCAUACGUUAUAUGAUUACGUCGUUAUGAUGGAGUCAGCAUUGGGUUACAAGCCACCGGCGUUCGUAGCUGCGGGUCAUUGCGGUUACGGUGGAGUGUUUUUGGACGCUGAAUCUCAACGGUUUCUUGAAACAUUUAUUGAGUGGGCUCAACAGUUGAUUUCUGCAAGUGAUGUCGGUGAAUCGAUAUAUAAAUUAGCGAGAGACAUGUUCAACAGUGACGAGUUUCUUGCUAUAGGAGGCAAACAACACCUACCGGUUGUACGAUAUGCACUUACGGGAACAACAACAGGGCCGCCUAUUUCUACCUUAAUUGACCUGUGGAGCAUGGCUGCCGAGAAAAUGCUACCUGGAUUCGUCUCAUUACGCGAGCGAAUCGUAAGGAUGCGCGAUAUUGACUUACGAAGCCCUGAUCCUUUGAGUAAAAUGCUAUUCGAAACUGAGCCAAAGCUAUCGAAUAUAGAAUAUUAAAAAACAUAUUAUCUUGGCCAAGAGAGGAGUUAACAAGUAAUGACAUCAGAGAGUGU